CACCUCAACUGUCUCGACGACGUCCACCAAGUCGACCAGCACCUCAACUGUCUCGACGACGUCCACCAAGUCGACGACCAGUACUCUAACCACGACUACAACCAAAUCGACGACGACUUCCGCAACCACGACCACGACGCAGACGACGACGACCAUCAACCCUACCACGACCGCUCCACCAACGACCACGACCACGACUACAACCACGAGCACUACAACGACGUCGACCACAACUACAGCUGACAACUGCCCCACCGGUGUCAGUUUCUUGCUCCAAAAUAGCGUCGAUCUAAAUUUCGCCACGCUCGACAGUAACCAGGAUAUUGGGUUUCUCGUGGAUUUUGAUACCCUAGACCCCACAGCCGCGUCGCAAUUCUCCUUCGACGAGCUCGACGACGGCACUUGUGCCCUUACUUCCGCACAGCUCCCCGGGUAUGCAAGCGUGGUCAUCGACUACAAUGGAGAAUUUGUAGAAUUCCACUAUGUCUAUCUCGCCGACACUAGUCCACCAGAGGGUAUCACCUAUACUCCGCUCAAUUGCGUCAUCACGCCCUUGAGCCAGUUGGCCUGCAAUGUACAGGAUCAGGACGUCUUGCAACUGUUUGGCCCCUAUCUAUCGAUUGGUGCCACGUUGGGUGGUGAUGCGGCGACCUUCACGUUGAUCCCCGUGGGUCUCUAG